CAACAACCCAUCCCAUUGACUAUCUUGAGCAAUUGAGCUGCUCGGGACUAUCUCAAUGGACCUUUCCAAGCCUGUCGAUCAUGGGUUUACUCGAGCUCUCCCCAAGAUUGAGCUCCACGCCCACCUAAGCGGCAGCAUAAGCCGGCAAUGCCUCCACGAGCUCUGGGCCCAGAAGAAAGCCCAAUCCCCAAAGACCUUCACCCUCGAAGACCCCCUGGUCGUGAUGCCCCCCGGCAAAGUGGACUAUUCUCUGCAGACAUUCUUCACCACCUUCUCCACAACAAUCUACCACCUCCUCACCACCCUCUCUGACAUCCGGGCCGCCACGCGCGCCACCCUCGCCGACUUCGCCGCUGACGGCGUCGUCUACCUGGAGCUGCGGACGAUCCCGCGCGCCUCGCCGGCGCAGUCGUUCACGCGGGAGGAGUACCUGACCGCCGUACUGGAGACGAUGGCCGAGUUUAGUUUGGAGCAGCAACGACUCCUGCAAGGGGAUGCUUCAGGACCGGCCACGAUGACCACGAACCUCAUCCUCGCCAUCGACCGCGGCACCAUGACCGCCCGCGAGGCGAUGAAGGUCGUUGAGCUGGCUAUCAAGUACCGAUCCCCAACCCCCAGCCCCAGCCCCAGCCCCAGCCCCAGCCCCAGCACUUGCACUAGCACUAGCACUAGCACCCACCCCCAACCCCAAAGUCCAGGCAGGGGCGUGGUCGUCGGCCUCGACAUCUGCGGCAACCCCACGAAAGGCAACAUCGCGCAGUACGCGCCCGCCAUCGCCGCCGCCAAGGCCGCCGGCCUGGGCGUGACGGUGCAUUUCGCUGAGAUCCCCACAAACCUGCACCCGCAGAACCAGGAGGAGGAGCUACGGACCUUGCUGGCGUUCGAACCGGAUCGUUUGGGCCACGUGAUCCACGUGUCCGAGCCGAUCAAGGAGAUUCAACGGCAGGGCUGUGCGCUGGAGCUGUGUCUGUCGUGUAAUGUGCACGCGGGCAUGGUGGAGGGCGGGUUCGCGGAGCAUCAUUUUGGGGAGUGGUGGCUGGGGGCUGAUGAAGGGGGUCAGUGUGGGGUGGUGUUGUGUACGGACGACGUCGGGUUCUUCUGUAGCCCGGUGUCGAACGAGUACCGGCUCGCGGCGGAGCACUUCCAUCUUCAUCGGGCGGACGUGUUGAGGCUUUGCAGGCAGUCGUACGGCGCGAUCUUUGGGUCUACGGAAGAGAAACAGCGCCUGCACCGACUCCUAGAUGACUUUGCGGCGAACUACAAGGAUUGA